CCGACGCGUCUGACAGCAGUCUAAAAAACACCAGAGCAGCUCAAUCUGUUUGACAAAGUCGCCUGAAAAGACUGCUUUUAGUCCACUUGCAAUGGGUCCUUUCGGCCGUUUUCACUGACAGUAGUGAGGUGAGUAAUAACGGACACAAAAUUCGCAUUUCAACCGGUUCGAAAAGAAAAUUAAAACACCUCUGUGGUCCCCACCUGUCUGUCAGCUGCCUUCCUAAAAGGCUUCAACAUGCUGCGAGAGAGCUCCAAGGCGUGGAGCAACGGCUCAGAGGCCUACAGCAGUGAUCCUGAAGAGGACGAGGAGGAGGAAGAGGACAUGGUGUUUGGGGACAAUGAUCAGGACGGCUUAGCGGAGGAGAUGAUGGAUCUGAGCGACCUCCCCACGGCGCUCUUUGCAUGCAGCGUCCAUGAAGCCGUGUUUGAAGAGGACGUACACAGGGAGAGGUUCGAGGCAUUGUUUAGGAUCUACGAUGAACAGACAAAUUUCCAGAUGUUCAAAAGCUUCCGGAGAGUCCGGAUCAACUUCAGCACCCCAGAGGUCGCUGCCCGCGCUCGCAUCGAGCUGCACGAGUCCGAGUUCAACGGCAAGAAGCUCAAACUCUACUUCGCCCAAGUCCAGAAUGGCGACGAGAACAUUGACAAGUCGUACCUUGCCCCUCCCCAACCCGUCAAACAGUUUCUGAUCUCGCCGCCUGCCUCGCCACCUGUGGGCUGGAGCCAGAGCGAAGACGCUACGCCCGGCAUCAACUACGACCUGCUGUGUGCAGUAGCCAAGCUAGGACCUGGUGAAAAGUACGAGCUCCACGCGGGGACAGAGUCCACCCCCAGCGUGGUCGUCCACGUGUGCGAGAGCGAGGCGGAGGAGGAUGAGGCAGCGCGGCCAAAGCAGCAGAUCGUCCAGACCAGACGUCCCGAGGAACCCCCCAAAGUCUUCAACUAGAGAGGCCUCCCCCCCAGACACCGGCGCGGCCUCUGACCGCCCCUUAAACCCACAACACACCUGCCCUCUCUCUCUCGUCUCUGCACUCACAGAGAGCGUCGAUGCCCCUCAUUUCAGUUCAACUACAAGCAAAAACAAACCAACAAACAUUGCUCGAAGAUGGUGUUUGUGGGGAGCGUGGCGAUGGAAUGAGGCGGCUUGAAGGGGAUGGAUGAGAAUCACACACACACUCAUCACAUUCUGCGGACAGCGUGGGGAGCGGCAGGCGCGCUUGCCUCCACCCCACCAAUCCCCCUUGUUUUCAGCAAGAGGGGUGGAAAUACCUGUCCCAACGCAGGCACCUGUCACUUAUCACACACACUCAGCUCUCAUUGCUAGUCCUUCUCAGUGGCUUGCUAGUUAGUUAGCUUAUUGGCUUGUACCUCUCCCUUUGUCUCACAGUCGUGUGUACAAUAAUUCUUUGUUAAGCAGACAUUAUUUCUUCAUUUUUUUUUACAAUAGUGUUUUCAGAUUAUAUAUAUAUAUAUAUAUAUAUAUAUAUAUAUAUAUUUUUUUUUUUUUUUCUUCCUUUUCAUCCAUUUUCAUAUCUGCUGGUUUGUCGCUUCAGCUUGCAUUAAGAUUGAGUGUGUGAUGUACCCGCUCUUGUCUGCAUGUAUAUACUGUAUCACAAAAAAAUACGUACAGAAACACAAAUCCUAACAAGAUAUAUCAAGAAAAAGGAACCUAUUUAACAUCACACACCGCACGAAGCGCCAUAUGUGACUAACAAAGUUGUGGUGGCUGUUUGACUCCCCCCCCCCGGCUGGUUUUCGCUUUUUGUCUUUUUUAUUUUAUUUGGAGAGGUGUUGUUUUUUGCUAAACUACUAGAUGUGUAUUCUCACUAUGUAUUUGAUAUCCCAACACUUUUUGCAUGCUAAGUUACUUCUGUAGACGAGGAGCUGUGGUGUUUUUUUAAUUGUUGUUUGUGAUGACAGGGAAACGAGUGCGAUGCUUUUGACGCAAGUGAAUAUCCCCCGCGCAGAGUUGAAAGUGACGUCUUAGGGGGGAAAAAAGCGGAAUGGUUUUUUUGUAAGAUUGACAGUUCAGUCUUCAACUUGAUGGCAAAUAUGCAUUUGUCGCUUUUGUUGGGACUUGAUGGAUCAGAGACAGUUCAUCCCCCUCAUUUUCUUCAAGGGGUUUGGGAUGUGCAUUUUUUUUUUUCUUCUGAUUCCGUUUGUUGUACUUCACAUCUUUAAUGUCUUGGUUAUGUUGUUUGGUCUAACCCACUUUCAGGUUUUUCUUCUGAAACCUGCUACUGCUUGUUUGCACUGAGUAUCUCUUGAUAUCUCCAAGCAGUUGCGAGGCUCUGGACCGUCUCCUGCUGCGCACCACAAUACUGCGCUGCUUCUCGCUGUAAAUAGCUGAGCAGUAGAUUUGUGGAUAUUGUCCUUUUAGAUUUUGUAGAUUACCUAAAAGUAUUUUGCUGACAAAAGGGUAAAAUAGGUUAGCCUCAUGAGAUAUCAACCAAAGCAUUCACUCACCUCAUAUUGUCAUGACAAGACAAAACAAUUUUUCUUACUCAGAGACACUGAUGUAUAUUGUCAGAGUGAGCAGAAAGAAAUCAUAUUUUCCCAACACGUUUUAUUGCAUUAUUUUAUUUUAUAUUGGCACAUUACUGACUACUACUACUACAUUACUUAUUUGCAGUAUUUAGUUCAGUGGAAAGUUGAACAAAUCUCCACUAAAAAUCGUAAUCUUUAUUAUUUUUUCUUUUUUGGUUAAUUCUCCCCACGGUCCCAUAUCAUGUCAGUGUUUCGCCUCUUUUCAUGAAAUAUUUCAGUGCUUUAGAAGCAACAUGAACAAAUGUUCCUAACAGGGCUUUUGGGUGUCAGCGGUGAGUCUAAACCUUAUUUGUCAUUUGGCAGCAUGAAAUCUAAAAAUACUUUUUUGCUAUAUAACAAUAUGAAUUAAGCAAAAGACAAGUCUGUCUGCAUGUGAGCACUUUAUUGUCAGCGUUUUGUUUGUUUCCUUCACAUAAAAUAAUCCUUGAGACAAAGUAGGAAGCACAUUGCAUUUCUUCUCUGUUUCUUUCUUGUGUUUUUUAUUUCUUUUAUCUCAAGCUGAACACCUGGUUAGCCUUUUCACCAGCAUUUUGCAGUGAGUGAAACACUCCACUUCCUUUUUGCUAGUGUGAACCUUGGAGAAUUUUAGGCCUUUUUAGAUCUAUGGGAGUGUACGACUGUAAAGGUGUAGACAUGCAGUACAGUUGUAGGUUUUAAAUGAGGCAGGAGGAUGACACUGCAAAGCAAAAUCAAUGUCUUUGUUUUUGUGUUUGUCUGCAAGAAACAUUCAUCUUAUCUGCUGAGAAAGUUCUUUGAAAUGUUGGUAGAGUGCAGUUGUAUUGGCACUACAGUAAAGCUGUCGCAGUUAUCUAAGCAGACAGCAGAUUGGUGGAACUACUGAGGUGCAUUAUGAUAAAGAGGAAGCAAGCUGAGCAAGAGGAAGACACUCGUGAAGAUUUUUUUACUCUUUGUGGUAAUGGUGUUUAAAACUGGGUGCAUUUUGGUCACAGUUGAAAUGAAAAUGUAUAUUUAUGUACAUAUGCCAAGUACGUUUUUUUGUUUGUUGCUGAGGCCAGUCCCAGUGUGCAGUUUGUUACGGCUUCUCUUGGCAAUGUUGUAAUGGAAAAUAAAUAUACAAAAAUGUGUAACAAUAAGUCCUGAAAAUGCUCGAUCAAAAACCAACUGUCAUUGUGUUGUUAUCAAAAUGGACUCUGUUUGAAUGUUUCUUUUAUUUCUGGGGAACGUCUACAAAAAAGGUCAAUAAUACCGUUUGUCACUGUUGUACUGUUUCCGUUGAAAUAUGAAUAUUGUGUCUUGUAUUUUAGGAAUCCAGAAAACAAAGUAGCAAAUCAAGCAAUAAUUUACAGUUCUAUAAUACCGGUAUGUGUAUUUUCAUGUUCUGUACUUAUUUCUCAGAGAUGGUCUCUGUCUCUUACAGUAUCCACUUCUAUUUGUGUAUAAUACGUAUAAUAGCCAUUUGUUUCACAUAGAGAAAUACAUAAAGACUUAUUCUUAAAAUCCAA